CAAGCUAGUAGCGUUAGCUUCCAGGGUUCCAUCUGUAAAUGUUCGGCUGGAAAACGGUUUUUGCUGUGUGAGCUGGAUAUUUCAGUGGGAACAUUGACGAAAUCUUCGGUUCAUCUUCAGAGAGAAUUAAUAAGACCAACUUCCGGAGAAAAAAAUCAACAGCAUCGACCCCAAAUCAACUGGAAGACAGAAAAUAUGACCGAGGAACUAGUUAAUGCCGCGGAGGAACCGGGACGUGUCCGCGUUAUCAGCUCCAUGUGAUUUUUCUCUGUUUCAGCAGCAACAGCAGCCUGAAGGAGCCCAGUUAGCCUCCAAGCUAACUGACAAAGAGGAGAAAUGGGUCUCUUCCUAAAGCGGACAAAAAGGACAUCACACUGGACAUUUAUUGGGCUCUGAACCGCUUCCAGCUCUUUCUCAUCAUGUCUGUCACUACAUGGGAGGUUCUGGAGGACAGCUUUCUCAUAACCAAAGAGAGAAACCUAACUGUUGAUUACAAUACUCCAAACAUUGCACAGAUAAAAGAGGAAGAGGAGGAACCAGAACCAAAACCAAUCAAAGCAGAACUGGUUGACCUGAGGAUCUCCCAGGAUGAAGGGCAGGUUUUAGUGAAGCAGGAGACCAACAGCUUUAUGGUGUCUCCUGCUGAUGAGGAAAUAUUCCACUAUGACCCAGAACUACAGCAAAUGAUGGAGACAAAGGAGGAACCAGAACCUGUACAAGUGAAGGAGGAACCAGAAGAACCAGAACCUGUGAAGAUCAAAGAGGAGGAGGAGGAUCAGGAUGGAGGUCAGCUGGUGGAGAAGCAGGAAGUUGACACCUGUAUGGUGACUCCUGCUGAUGAGCUUAGGGACAACAGAGAACCAAACAAGGACCAACUUCUUUUUGAGAACAGCCUUAAAGUUGAAGACCAGCAUCAGCAAGGAAGCAACCCGGGUGGAAACAACUCAAAACUAAAAGCAGCUAAACUAAAUAUACCAUCCUGUGAAGUAUGUGGCAAAUGUUUCACUACAUACAAGUACCUGACUGACCACAUAAGAACUCACACAGGUGAGAAACCAUAUCCUUGUGAACUGUGUGAUAAAUGCUUUGCUGAUUGUAGUGCCAGAGCCAAACAUAUGAAAACCCACACAGGUAAGAAGCCUUAUCACUGUCAAGUGUGUGGAAAAUCAUUCAGCCACUGUAGUAACUUAGCCAGACAUAUGAGAACACACACAGGGGAGAAGCCAUAUUCUUGUGAAGCAUGUGGUAAAUCUUUUCGUCACUGUAAUACAAUGGCUCGACAUAUGAGAACCCACACAGGUGAAAAACCGUAUACUUGUGAAGUGUGUGAUAAAUCUUUCGUACAGCCCAGUGAUUUGACUCGUCACCUUAAAAGUCACACAGGUGAGAAGUCUUUCUCCUGUCUGACCUGUGGAAAAGGUUUCACAAGGCAAUCCUCCUUGGCUGUGCACAUGAGAACCCACACAGGGGAGAAGCCCUACUCUUGUAAAAUGUGUGGAAAGUCUUUUAGAUAUAGCAGCCAUUUGAGUCGUCAUGAGAACUCACACAGAUGAGAAGCUUUUCUCAUGUUUGAUUGGGGGAAAAGGUUUCAGGUACAAAAAUACCUUUUCAUUUUUCAUACAGGUGAGAAGCUGUAUUUACGUGCAGUUUUGGAUGUAAAUCACAUGCUUUUCAUCUCCUGCUGAUAAACUGUAAAGAGAUUAUUUAUGGAUGUUGCUGUAAAAGUGUCAUUUUCAGAGAGAAUAAUUUGCUUACAUUGCUAACAUCUAUUAUUUAGAAAGCAUGACCUUUUCUGCUCUUAUACUGACAGUUUUAAAUCAUAUUUUUAUAAUGAGGAUUGAAUUCUCCCAUACUCAUUGGUUUUGUCCCUGAUUAAUGAAGUUGAAAUAUCAUUGCAUUAAUCAUAUGUCUUGCUCUUAACUGGACUCAACGCUAUUGAUAUUAUGGUAUUUUCUUAGUAUUGAUAUUGAGUUUGAAGCUUUAAUAUCAUGACAACCGUAGGGUUGCCAUCUGUUUUGUGUGUCUGUAUACUUAAAUGUUUUAAAUCAUGUCCACAUACUUUUAUUUUGUAUACAGAAACCAUUGGUAUUUAAUGUAUAACCUGCAUCUGUUUCUGUAUAUUAUAAACCUGUUUAUUGUUGAACUUUUGACUCUCAUUAAUAAAGUCUUGACUUU